ACAGACGGGAGCAGAGGGAGCCCCGGCCUUCCCCACGGAGACUGCCGUCUGGCAGAGCAGAUUCUCUGAUUUUGGACAACGAGGAAUUGGCAGGACAACUGAAAAUGACCAGGAAGAAGGAACACCAGGUCACCAGGUCUUCAAAUGGCCUCGUGAAUCUUGGCCUGGACAUGGGUGACGACAUGGUCUUGGGACUUAGCUACAAAACGUGUACUCUGGAGGACACGCCCCGGAGCCAGCAGGCAAGGAAGCCGGAGGAGGCAGCGGGGAGUGCAGGGGCCCCCCCUGCAGGGAAGGACAGGGACUGGAAAGUGAUGAUCCCCUUCCAGCUCAAGUCAAAGUCUCCUUCCCCUAACCCUAUUGACAACGCUGGCCUGUUCUCCUACCUCACGGUGUCCUGGAUCACCGGGCUCAUGGUCCGAGGCCUGCAGAGACGCCUGGACGAGAACUCCGUGCCUCCUCUGUCGCGGCGCGAUGCCUCAGCUCGGAACUCCAGAAGGCUCCAUCGCCUCUGGGAAGAGGAAGUCUCUAGGAGCGGGAUCAGAAAAGCUUCCCUGUUUCCUGUGUUGCUGAGAUUCCAAAGCACACGGGUUAUGAUCUACAUGAUUCUGGCCAUGUGCCUGUCGGUCUCAAGUGUGCUGGGGCCGACGCUGCUCAUCCCAAAGAUCCUGGAUUAUUCCCAAGAGCCGUCCAAGGACCCCGUCUACGGCGUGGGUCUCUGCCUCAUCCUGCUCUUCACCGAGUGUAUGAAAAUGAUGUGCAUGUGCAGCGGCUGGGUCAUCCAGCAGCGCACGGGCGUCAGGUUCCGCACGGCCGCCCUGGCCGUCGGCUUUGAGAAGCUGAUGCAGUUCAAGUCCCUGACGCACAUCAGCACCGGCGAGGCCAUCAGUUUCUUCACCACCGACGUCAACUACCUGUUUGAAGGCAUGUACUACGGCCCCAUGAUCUUCAUCUCCUUCGCGGCAGCGGUCACCUGCACCAUCAGCUCCUGCCUCCUGCUCGGCCCCACGGGGCUCAUCACCACCGUUUUCUACCUGCUGGUUCUGCUGCUGUUGGGGCUCCUAACCCUCAGGUUGGUGAAGACUCACAGGCAGGUCUCCAAGGUCAGCGACCAGCGCAUCCGUGUGACCAGCGAAGUUCUCACCAGCAUCAAGCUGAUUAAAAUGUACACAUGGGAGAAAGCAUUUGAAAAAAUCAUUAAAGAUCUCAGGAGGAAAGAGAGGAAGUUGCUGGAGAAAAACGGGCUCAUCCAGAGCCUGAACACCACCAUCCUGUUUGUGGCCCCCUCCCUGGCCAUGGUGGUGACGUUUCUUAGCCACACAGGCUUGCAGCUGAAACUCACGCCCUUGGUGGCCUUCAACGUGAUGGCCAUCUGGAACAUCAUGCGGGUAUCCAUGUUCUUCGUGCCCUUCUCCGUGAAGGGCUUCAGCAAUUCCAUGUCUGCAGUGGAGAGGUUCCAGAGGUUUUUCCUGCAGCAGAGCCCCAGUUUGUACGUCCAGGCCCUGGAAGACCCCAGCAAAGCACUGGUUUUGGAGGAGGCCACCUUGUCCUGGAGAAAGACCUGCCCUGAGGUCGUUAACAAAGCCUUUGAGCUGGAGAGGAACAGACAUGCUUCCCCCAAGGGGACAGCCAGGACCCAGCCACCUCUGGGUGCCCUUGGGCCAGAGGACAAAGGGGAAAACCCGGCCCCAGAGCUUCGCAAGAUAAACCUGGUGGUGUCAAAGGGGACCAUGGUAGGGGUCUGCGGCAACACGGGGAGCGGCAAGAGCAGCCUGUUCUCGGCCAUCCUGGGGGAGAUGCACCUGCUGGAGGGUGAGGUGGGGGUGUGCGGGAGCCUGGCCUACGUGCCACAGCAGGCCUGGAUCUUCUCCGGCAACGUCAGGGACAACAUCCUCAUGGGGAAGAAGUUCGAGGAAGCCUGGUACCUGGAAGUAAUCCACGCCUGCUCCCUGAACCGCGACCUGGACAUCCUGCCCUUCGGAGACAUGACGGAGAUCGGGGAGCGGGGCCUCAACCUCUCCGGGGGGCAGAGGCAGAGGGUCAGCUUGGCCCGCGCCGUCUACUCCAACCAUGACAUCUACCUGCUGGACGACCCCCUGUCGGCCGUGGACACCCACGUGGGACAGCACAUCUUUGAGCAGUGCAUUAAGAAGAUGCUCCGGGGGAAGACGGUCGUCCUGGUCACCCACCAGCUGCAGUUUUUACAGUUCUGUGACCAGAUCAUUUUGCUGGAAGAUGGUGAAAUCUCUGAAAGAGGGACUCACAGGGAGUUAAUCCAGAAGCAGGGGCAAUACGCCCACCUCAUCUGGAGGACGCACAGGGAAGGCAAGCAGGAUGUGUUUCAGGACACAGAAAAGGCGGCCCAAGAGCAUCAGGUGCAAGGUCAAGCCCAGGCCACCUGCCAGCAAGAGCCUCAGAGUGACAAUGCUGGGCUGGAGAAUCAGCUCACCACGAAGGAGAAGGUAGAAGAAGGGCCCAUGACCUGGCGUGUCUACCACGCCUACAUCCAGGCAGCCGGAGGGUACCUCGUCUGCAUCAUGGUUUUACUCGUCCUGGUGACGUUCAUCUUCCUCAUAGCCUUCAACUUCUGGUGGCUGAGCUACUGGUUGGAGCAGGGCGCAGGGACCAACAGCAGCCGAGGGGCCAACGGGACCGCCACAGGAGACCCGGGCGACAUCCUGGACAACCCCCACCUGCUCUUCUACCAACUGGUGUUCGGCCUCAGCACCGUGGCCCUGACCUUCGUGGGCUGCUGCUUCUCGGUGCUGUUCACCAAGGUCACAAAGAAGGCGUCCACAGCUCUGCACAACAAGCUCUUCCACAGGGUUUCCCAAAGCCCCGCGAGCUUCUUUGACACAACACCCACAGGCCGGCUCCUGAACUGCUUUGUGGGGGACUUGGACCAGCUGGACCGGUUGUUGCCCGUCCUGAUAGAAGAGUUCCUGGCGCUGCUCCUGGUGGUGAUCUACAACCUGGUGGUGUCCAGCUUGCUGUCACCAUUCAUCCUGCUGAUCAGCCUUGUGCUGAUGGCGCUGUGCCUCAUCGGUCACAUGAAGUUCAAGAGGGCCAUCUUCAAGUUCAAGAGGCUGGAGAACUACAGUCGUUCCCCUUUAUUCUCCCACAUCCUCACCUCGCUGCAGGGGCUGAGCUCCAUCCACAUCUACGGGAAAACCAAAGACUUCAUCAGCGAGUUUAACAGGCUGACCGAUGUGCAGAAUAACUACCUGCUGAUGUUUCUAUCUGCCACUCAAUGGUUGACGUUGAGGAUGGAGCUCCUGGCCAACCUGGUGUCCUUUACUGUGGCCUUGUUUGUGGCUUUCGACAUUUCCUCUGCUUCCUAUUCUUACAAAACCAUGGCUAUCAGCCUCGUCCUGCAGCUGGCGUCCAGCUUCCAGGCCUGGGGCCGCAUGGCCUCGGAGAUGGAGGCGCACUUCAUGGCGGCGGAGCGGAUGCUGCGGUACAUGAAGAUGUGUGUCCCCGAGGCUCCUUCACACGUGAAAGGCGCGAGUUGUCCCCACGGGUGGCCGCAGCACGGGGAAAUCACCUUCCAGGACUAUCAGAUGAAGUACCGGGACCACACGCCCCUUGUCCUCAAACGCAUCAACCUGAGGAUCCGCAGCCAGGAAGUGGUGGGAAUCAUAGGCAGAACGGGCUCCGGGAAGUCCUCCCUGGGGGUGGCGCUCUUCCGGCUGGUGGAACCUGCCGAGGGCCGGAUCCUCAUCGACGGCGUGGACAUCAGCAGCAUCAGCCUGGAGGCCCUGCGGUCCAAGCUGUCCAUCAUCCCCCAAGAUCCUGUCCUGUUCUCAGGGACUGUCAGGUCCAACCUGGAUCCCUUCAACAGCUACACGGAUGAGCAGAUCUGGGGCGCUUUGGAGAAGAUGUCCUUCAGCCAGACGAUCUUAAAGCUGCCCCAAGGGCUGCAAGCCGAAGUCUUGGAGAAUGGCAGGAACUUCUCCGUGGGGGAGAGGCAGCUGCUGUGCAUCGCCCGAGCCCUGCUCCGCAACUCCAAGAUCCUCCUCAUCGACGAAGCCACAGCCUCUGUGGACAUGGAGACCGACGCCCUGGUCCAGCACACGAUCCGAGAAGCCUUCCGGGGCUGCACGGUGCUGGUCAUCGCCCACCGCAUCACCACCAUCCUCUACUGCAACCGCAUCCUGGUCAUGGACAACGGGCAGGUUGUGGAGUUCGACAAGCCUGAGGUCCUGCGGAGGCAGCCCGGGUCCAUGUUCUCAUCCCUGCUGGCCCAGUCUCGGGGCUUAGGAGAGGCGGGGGCUGAGGGCCGAGCUGAUCACCGUGGUUUACUGGGUGCGUCGCUGUGACCCUCUGGGGCAGGGGCAG